AUGCCUCCUCCCGUGGAGGAUAUGUCAGACGAGGAGUCUGGCGAUAUCCCUUUCAGGGAUGCGCCUGAGGCUCCAGCAAAUGACAACGCCGACGACGACCAAGCCGACGAGGACGAAGACGACGACGAAGAGGAGGAGGGAGUGUACAUCGUCGAGAAUAUCGUCGAGCACGACUGGCUGGAUGAUGGCACUCUCAAGCUUCUAGUCAAAUGGAAGGGCUACGAAGACCCGUCAGAUCGCACAUGGGAGGAAGAAGAAGGCCUCCAAGAGGGAGCGGGUGACAUUCUUGCGGCCUACUACAAGAAGGUGGGUGGAAGGCCAGAAUUACCAGCACCAAAGGCCAAGCCGGGCCGUAAACGUAAGUCCAUGGCGGAUUCCAAGAGCGCCACACCUACCGCAAGCUCCUCCGCAGCUGCCGAGCCCAAGCGACAGCGUCGCAAGUCACAGAAGGCCACCAAGGAAGUGGAGGCGGAGGCUGAGGAGAACGGUACCGACUGGGUGCCGAAGGGAAAGAGCUGGGACAAGGAUGUCCAAGAAGUUGACACAAUUGUUCGCGACCCCGACAGCAAUGGCCUAUACGCUUGGCUCGUCUUCACCAACGGACGCAAGUCGAGGGUGACCAUUGAGGCUUGCUAUGAGAAGUGUCCAAUGAAGAUGCUCAAAUUUUAUGAAUCGCAUCUUGUUUUCAAGGACGGUUAA